AUGGCAGAAUCAGAAGAAAUUCAGCGUCAUUUGAGAGAAAAAACAGGGAGGUUUAUAUUAAAAGCACCCACAAAUUUAAAAUCAGAAAUCUGGCAGAAAUUUCACAUGGUUUUUCAAAAAAAGGAAAAUGAUGAUAGCGAAAUUCCUGUGAAUUACUAUUGUGCUUGUAUUAAGUGCAAUAAGAUUUCAGCCGAAGAGAAAAAAUUUAAACGCAACUUGAUGGCUGAUCUGGAUGUUUGGAUGAUGACAGAGUUGGAUCUUGUUGCUAACAAGAUGUGUCAGCGCAGACAUGCUGCUGGAAUGGAGUCGAGAGUUGCUGGUACAUCAGCACAGCAGGAUGUUGAAGAUGAUUACACUCAGCCAACCAAGAAAGCACGCUUUGAUCCUUUUGCUGACCUACGGGAUGGCUGUAGCUCAUCAACCAGUAAAAUUUCAACUGCUGAACUUUCAGGUCAUGAAGAAUUGGCUAGAUACAAAGCUCUGAAUGUUCCUGCCAACCACAAAUCACUACUAGCUUACUGGCAAGACAAUAGCAAAGACUUUAUACUUCUUUCAAAUGUUGCUAGACGAGUGUUAUGCAUCUCUGCCAGUUCAACACAAUCUGAAAGAGAUUUCAGUUCAGUUGGUCGCACAGUCACAGAUGCUCGAUCCAGUCUGUCGGCACGAAAAUGUGAUUACUUCACCAGUGUGUUUUAUUACACAUAUGAUCUUGUAUUUUUGAGUUCUGCUUUUCAAAUAUCAUUUGUAAAAAUUUGCCUGUUUGGUAAAAUUGCGACUCGUGCAGAUGGGUCGUGGGUUGGGUCGGGUCGGGUUGGGUUGAAAAGUUGCAUUUUCAGGCGGGUUGGGUUGGGAUGGGUUGAGUUAAGUGAUGGGUUAGCCCAUUACAAAUCAGUGAUGACGAGUACUUAA